AUGGCCAUCACACACCCGCAAGCGCAUAUGCACGCAGCCGCCAGAGCUGUCCCACCCGCAGCACCCAAGCUCGGGCCUGUAUCAUCAAGAAUACUACCAAGUCUCGUAGUAAUCGGAGUUGCUUAUACCGUCGGUUCCUACGUCCGCUCGCAGCUACACCGCGAAUCCGGCACCAUGGACCGCAUCUUCUCCCAGCAGAACACGCCCGAGGUCGAGGCGGCGCGAAAGGCAGCCCUGCAGGUCGAGGUCAACGGGGAUCCGCGAAACAAUCUUUUUAAUUUCCUGGGCUGGUCGUGA